AUGGUCCUGACGCGGGGUCAAGCUAAGUACGAUGAGCCGUCAGAUGCCUCACUCUCCCCGGGCAACCCUGGCACAGGCAAAUCGCGCAACAAGCGAAUGGGAGGCAACGUCGACGGCGCCAUCCAGCCAGUGAGCAACAAGAAGGCGAAGACAUCGACGAAGAAGCAGCAGCAUACCAGUGACGACAAGGACAAGGAUGCCAAGUCUGAUGAUGAAGACGAAAAAGCCAGCAAACUAUCCACAGCAUCAGGUCAAGACGCAAAAAUCCAGUCUUUGAUCGACAAGUACGGCUCCUUGCCGCUGAGCAACACGGACCUGAAGGAGCCAACCUCCUCCGCCACACCGAAGACCACCCUAGCCCUACUUCUCAGCGCGAUGCUCUCCUCGGCGCGCAUCUCGCACGACCUCGCCGCCAAGACGACCGCCGAGGUGAUCAAGGCCGGCUACCACGACCUCGAGACGCUCAAGAAAUCUACCUGGGAGGAGCGCACGGAAGUCUUGACGAAGGGAGGGUACACGCGGUACCGCGAGAAAACGGCCACUGCACUGGGGGAUCUAGCCGAGCACAUCAGCGCCCACUACGACGGCGAUCUAAACAACCUCCCAAAGCAAGCUCAAAACGACCCCAGCAAGAUCCGCACCGCCUUGAGGGAGAUCAAGCAGCUGGGCGACGUGGGCGUGGAUGUCUUCUUCGACACUGCGCAGGCGGCGUGGCCGUGCCUGGCGCCGUUCGUAGACCCGCGGAGCAGGGAGACGGCCGCGGAAAUCGGCAUCGGGGGCGAUGUUGACAAGCUCUGGGGCGCUGUUGGAAAGGAUCCCGUGGGAAUGUGCAAGCUUGCAGGGGCUCUGACGUUGGUCAGGCUGGAGAAGAGGGAGGAGGAAUUUAAGUCUGGUUGA